CUGAUGCAGAUAGGGAAAUGAGGGUGACCUUUUUUCCACAAAAAGAAUAUAGAUAAAACAGUUUAAAGCGUUUACCACAGACAGCCGACAUGAUUCAUCUGCGAGUGCAUUAAAUGCUGAAAGAUGGUAUUAGAUGCAGAUACAUGCAGAAGGGUGUUGAAUCGGGCCCACAAACAGUUGGUUGAAGCUUUAGAUUCGAAAGAGGUUCUUCAAGCUAUUGAGAGUAGAAGAGUGUUCGACAAUGAACAGAUCAAGGAUAUUCGGGGUAUCCCGACUUUUUCAAUGCAAAACCGGGUUUUGUUGAGCAAAAUCAGCCAAAAAGGAGUUAUAGGGUACACACUAUUUAAACAGUGUUUGGUUGAUUCUAAACAAGGGAAGUUAAAGGAUUUAUUAGAUGAAAUGGAAGAUGAGCUUAAAAGGGAGAAGAAAGGAGCUGAACCGAUUCCAAAGGAAAGACAAGAAAUGCUUAAACAACAAGAACUGCAACAGGCACGCAGAAAUGCUUCCGGUUUAAGACCAGCUUCCAACCAUGAAAAACUAGACAAAGUGCCUAGUGACCGUGAUUUAGUCAACAUUGCUCCGGCCAUUGGUAGUGGAUGGGAACUGUUGGCCGCCAUGUUGGGCAUUACAAAACCUACCGUUGAACGAAUUAAACUGGACCACGGAUAUUCUUCUGUAGAGCAGAUUUACAAUAUGUUACGACAUUGGAGACAGAUACAUGCAAAUAAGGCCACAUUUAGGGUCCUACUUCUUGAAAUGAGGGGAUGCAAUGCUGUAACUAUUGACUGGGAAGAACUGAGAGAAAAAGUUGGAAUCGGCAUAGAGUUGUUAGACCCUGAGCAACAACCCAUGGAAAUAAUCUACGAAAGAGAACCGCGUUUUAGAGACACUCCAGCUAUACCAUCACAGACUGAGCCGCGCCCAAGAAUCUACGAAAGACAGAUAUAUGCUCAAAUAGAUGAAGCUAGACCUCUGCCACAUCCAAAUGAUUUAGAUUCACCUUUGGAAGGACUAAGCAAAACUUUGAAGGUGGUGAUUAAAAGAGAUUUGUUUGAUGGUCGUCUUAUCAGUCUCGAUGAAUCACAAAUUAAAGAAAUCAUGAAAGUUGGAAAUAUAAAAGAAAUACCUCUCGAGGCGAAAGGCGCUCAAGUAUUUGCUACCCAAGAAAAGGUUCCAGUCUUCAAUACAAAGUUGGUGAUAAAGCAAUUGCAAAUAGAUAAAAUUGAUGUAGAUAGAAUGAAGUCUAUCACAAAUGAAAAGCUUGCGUCCAGGAUUCUUCAUUUUGGGAUAGUUCCAUUGCUUGCCUUUUAUGAUGAUUUGCAUAUAGAUCAGCAUGUGACGGGAUACUACUAUUUUGUGUCACCGUAUUUUGAGGGAGGAACUCUCUUUAAAGCAAUCAAAGAAGACACUGCAAUAAUAGAUUCCUCAGACGGACAUGUAAGAAUGUGUCACAAAACGAGAUUAAAGAUUAUCUACCAAGUGGCUUCUGCAAUUAGUUAUCUGCAUACUCCUGUAGAGGGGUUCAGGAACGAUGUCUUGCAUAUGGACAUAAAGUCCCCAAACAUAGUCCUGGAUUUGAUGUACAAUGCAAGAUUGAUCGAUUUUGGAUUAGCAAGAGAGAUGAAGGAACCCAAUGACUCACUCUUGCUCACUGAGAGCACAAUUUGCGGAACUGAAGGCUACCAUCCAACAACAAAAUUUAAUCGUUUGACCAAAUUCCAUGACUACCACAACUUUGGAGUCGUGAUAAGAGAACUGCUUACGGGACUUCACCCAACAUUAAGGGUUAAAGAUAGCACUCUACGGACAAUGUCAAAAUUUUCCUUGACGAGCAUGAUUCAGAAGAAGAUCUGGAGAAAGAGCAAACUUUCUGAUGACUUAUUGACCUUGGCAGAAAGUUGUAUUGAGAGCAUAGCACAGAAUGCAGUAGAAAACACUUUCAAGAUCUCCGAUAUCCUAAAUAAACUUGAUUCACUGAUGCGCGAAGAAAGUGCAGACAAGUGGACAAGAACUGCUGCGAAAGAUUGCGAAAAGUGCGAAGUGUGUGUUGUAAAUAAUGCUGUGGAAGAAAGUGGGUAUCUGGAACAUGAUCCACCAUUAUGUCAGCUGAAAAUCAACGUGUGCGCAUCUUGCAUGAGAAAUUCAUUUUUGAAUCCCAUCAUGUGUCACACUUGUGGAAAUAAGUUGCGACCAUUCAUUGGUGAAAACUGGGGAGCCAUUUUGAUAGCAGGAAAUGACAAGAGAGAGAAGGUAGCAGAGUCCUUUACCGAGGAUGUGUCUAGACUCAGAGAUGUUAUCACAAGCAGAAGUGUUCCGGUCAUGUGUAUCAGGAAAGAGAAGAUUGAAGUCGUAGCACCAAUAAAACCAGGAAAUGAAGACAAUGAGAUGUGGAUCAAAGUUCAACGUGCUUUUGGAAAACUAAAAAAGCAAAAUAUCACAACUCUUAUGGUGGCAUACUCAGGUCAUCAUGGGUUCCGGGCAAAACAAAAAGCAGAGGGCACAAACGAUACAGAUCAAUCCCAAAAUGGUCUUGAGCGAAGUGAGCCAGAAAAAGCAGAUAUUUUACAAGAAGAGGGCAUCUUCAUUCUCAGUGAAAAUGAAUCAAUGAAAGAUGUUGAUUUGUGCAAUGAAAUACAGCAGUUAACAACUGUUGACAAAGUUCUUGUAUUUGAAGACUGUUGUCAUGGUGAUGCCAUGACACAUGCAUUGAAGGGCAAAAGGGUAGUGCAGUUCAACAGCAGUACUACGAGGACAAAAUCAUUGGUCAACUCUAGUCAGAAAAAAAGCCAGUUUAUUGAUGCAUUAAUAAAAGCACUUACGGCAACCGAUGACAAGAAACGUGAAGGUGAAUUGUACCAACACGCGAACUGCCAGCUGUGUGUAAACAUUGCCGACGAAUUGUUUAAGAAAACCUUUCUGACAUUGGAGACUUUGCAUAUAUUUAUUUCAAAUUAUAUUGAUCACUGUAAAAGUACUGGAUUGAAAAGCGUUAGUCAUCCGACAUUUUCAACACAGAAUAUAUUGGGAAAAGACUCUAUUUUGGCCUACCGAUACCAUUUCCCGGUUGCCUUUCACUUCAAGAUAAAGAAACCAAAAGGUGUAGAAAUUAAGUCUGAACUAAUUUUCCUGAAUGAAUAUGAAAAUUUGCUAAAGCUGAAGGAAUUCUUAUUGCGGAAACUGUUAGGUGAUGAUGAUACUACCAAAUACCUCGUUGAAAAAGAUGAUCAAUUGAAGGCCUAUGCUGCCGUUGUUAGCAUUCAAGUAGAAACGGGACCUAGAGAAGUCCAUUUGAAUGAGAUUGAUUCUCUUGAACAGGCCUCUGCAGCCUGGACAUCUCGAAGGGAACUGAUUGCACAAAUUCGAAAUGUUACGAAAAUUGACUUUCAGAACCAUGCGGCUGACAUCGUGUCACCAAAAGAGGUUGAAGUCAUUUUCAAGGAAUUGUGCUUAAAGCCACAACAUUGCGCUUUUAACCCGUCAGAGGAGCAAGUGAGGUUAUUAAUAGACGCAGAUAAUCUUCAACAUUGUGUCAAACAAGUCCAUGGAAAACUAGAACGUUUUGGUAUCAGCCAAAGCCUGGAUCAUAUAGACAGAGUCCUCCGCAAAAAACAUGAGGAUGUUUCAAAUGUGAAAGUUCACAUUGUUCUUCCAAAAAUAAAUGUCCGUGGUAAACGACAAUUCGGGCCAUUAAUUUUGUAUCAGCUGCUGAGACCAAGUGCGGAAAAGGAAAGCUAAAUGUCAAAAGAGGACGUGCACUUCCACAAAUUAACAUCACAUGUAUACACAGAUACAAUCACCCCAAACAAACUAACACCACAAACUCAAAUACAAACACUACAAACCAUACCCUCAUCAAAAUUGCUUUACCGUUAAUUGCGAUUUCCAUCUCAUUUCCUUUAUGUAUGUGCCCAUUGUUAAAUGUCUGUCAUGUUAGACUCAGCUGAGCAAAUUUAGAUUAGUUUUGUGUUCUCAAUAAAAUCGAAAAUAUUACAUGUCUAGUCUUUUAAUAAUCGAAGAAAUCAAU